UGCAUGUUUAAUGUGGUAUCACUUUCUUUAUGAACCCCCUUCUCCCUCUUCAUGUCUGUAUAUACAGAUAUACAUGUGUAUGCUCGUUCUGUCAACACAGAGGGGUUCAAAAGGAUUUAACAUGUUUAAUCUGGUCGUAGUAAAUGAUACUCACUGUACAUGUGUUUGAUCUAACCAAGGGAUUUUUAUUCAUUGAAUAGAUUGAAUAAAAAUUUGUGUAUACAAUAUGGUGCAGACAUGAAUAUGAUGAAAGUUUUGUAUGAUAUGUUUAUAAGUCUUCAAACAAAAGAUGUAUGAUAAUGGUAAUCUUAGACAAUUUAUAUCAAGUUCAGUUCAGAACUACUUCAGUAUAUUCCAUAGUCAUUAUAUUUCAUUGGAUUAUCUCCCUUUCAUCAGCAGAAUAUAAUUUGGUUAAUGGUGAAACAGGAAAAUAUCGUUGGUUUGACACAGCAGCACAGAUUCAUAGAGUAUGUUGUUAUUGUCCCAUAGAAGCAGUGAAAUCAGACAAAUAUAAUGAUGCUUUUCAAGUAGGGGAAGAUGAAAGUCGUGAUUCUUGUAAUGCAACAAAAGAUGAAGUAAAGCAGACUAAUAAGUGGCCUUUCUGUAUAUGUGACCACAAAAUGGGACUGAAACCAGAGUUUAUAGGAUGUGUACUGCCAAAUAUCAGUCGUGUAGAAUGGACCUGUGACAAUGCAGUUGCAUCCCUCAAUGUUAGUGUUUAUACAACAUGUACCCCUAGGUGUACUAAAGACAAUAUGAUUCUAGUUAAUCCUGGUGCUAAGGCAUAUAGGUGUGGAGAGAACAAAACAUGGGACAACCAACCAAAAUCUGUUUCCUGUCGAGAUAAAGACAAAAACAAAGGUGAUUCAGAGAAUUGGAAAUAUAUGGUGUUUGUGAUAGUUCCUUGUUCAAUAAUAAUUGCAGUUAUAUUAAUAGUAACUUGCAAGAAGAGGUUAUGGCAUCAUUGCUACUUACAGGCGAAAAGAGAGAUCUGCAGUGCUAGUUCUAGUGAAGACAGUUCUUCAAGUAGAAAGGAAUUGCAUACAAUAUCAGAAAGUUCUACGCUUCCUGACUCAUCCUGUGGAAACACCAAUGAUAAUAGGACAAGUGUCACACAAUCAUCUGAUUCUGGUGUUCAAAGUGAUACUUGUUCAAUCAGCAUGGACACAAUUAUUGAGACUGAAUGUGACCAGGGAGGAGAAAAUGUAAUAAAAAUAGAUGAAGAUGAGAAAUUCACUUCUAGUCAUGAUCCUCAAAUAGAUGAAGAAAAUCAUCCUUCGGUGGAUAGGUCAAAGGAGGACCUUAUCAAAGAGGAAAAAGUGCCACUUUUAAAGAGUGUUUAUGAUACAAAACCAGCACAGCCUUUACUUGUGAAAGUAAGUGGGUUGAGAGAGAGUUACAGAGAAGAUGGAAUUUAUUACAGUGUCAUAAGAGGUAGUGAGAUUAUAAUAGUAUCUAAAAUAGUACAAACAGAUUCAGACUUCAUUUUAGAUAGAGAAUAUGAUGAACAUAAACUUAAUUAUUAUAAGAUAAGAUCAGCCAGCAAAAACAAUGAAGGUGUUUAUAAUUGGGAAUUAAAAGACAAUAGUAAACAAGGGAAACAAACAGGCUGCUUUAUCAUUACAAUUUGUGAUAAGGAACGACCAGAGCCAGUGGGUGAAAACGCUGAAUCUCUGCCGUACAACACUUUAGUUACAGAUUCCAUGUUAACAGUUGAAGAAAAUUUACUUGAAGUAUAUGGUCCAGGUAGCCCUUCUCUACCAGAUGAAGCCGUAUGUGUUCAGGACAGAAAUAGUCCCUUUUCCUCAAUUUAUUCCAAUGGUGCUAACAUUUCAAGUUCUGACAUAUGUGAGGCUAUGUCUCAGAAUAAAAAAAAUUUUGUCGAAGAGUGUAAACAUUGUAAUUUGACUUUAGCAGAUGCUUUAUAUCAACAUGGUUCAUCAAGCUCUUUGAGUAAUAUUUGUCAUAUGCUGGACCCUACAACCACAAGUGAAUCACAUUGCUGGAUAGGAUUUGUUAAAUUUUAUGGCCUUAUGGAGGGAUUCAAAAUUAAAAGUAUAGAGUAUCAUAAGAAAGGAAAUCCAGAAGAUGGACACAUGCACCAUAUUCUUCAACAACUACCUGCACAUGACUUUAGAGUAGGACAUCUAACAUAUUAUUUCUCGAAAAAACAUUCACUUCGGGAAGAUGUGUUAUCGGAGAUAAAGAAGUUCCACAAUAAUUGUAAAUUCUGUGAUAUAUGUUACAAAACUGAUCAUAGUCAAUCUAAUUAAAAUACAGUCAUGUGUACUCACUUACCAGUGGUGGAUCUAAAACUUUUCAUAAGGAGGGGACGUGUCCUGCUUGAGUCAUGCUUCAGUGAUUCCCUAAAUAAUUAACCACAUUUUUACCACAAAAGGGGGCAGGUCCCCCUGGAUCCACCUAAAUAACCAUUACAAGUGUAAUGUAUUCUCAGUUGUUCUAAUGAUCUGAUUGUAGCACCUUCAAAAUUUUGAAGGCUGAAAUAUUCUUAGUUGUCAUUUUAGUUAACAGAAAAUCAAGUAAAACAAAGCAAUUGGUAUGCAAAGUAUGAGUCAAAGAUUUGUGUUUAACCUUAAAUGGGAAAAUUUCAUGCCAAUCAAUGACAAAAAGCUUGAUAUUUGUACAGCCUUGAUGGCAGAGUAUAAAACAAGACUAAGGGUAUGCUGUUUUCGACAGUGGCAGUUGGGACAGUAUUUACAAUGUAUAAGUUUGUAAUUAUGUCAGUUUAGGGUGAACCACCUGCAGUUUAAUUAACAAGGACACAUCUCAGUUGAUUGAGAUUUUUAUGCCCCACCUACGAUAGAAGAGGGGCAUUAUGUUUUCUGGUCUGUGGUCCUGAUUGUUCGUCCGUCCGUUCGUUCGUCCGCAGGUGAAAGUUUUUGGUCAAGGUAGUUUUUGAUGAAGCUGAAGUCCAAUCAACUUGAAACUAAGUACACAUGCUUCUUAUGAUAUGAUCUUUCUAAUUUUAAAGCCAAAUUAGACUUUCGACCCAAUUUCAGGGUCCAUGGAACAUGAAAAAUGAUAGUGCCAGUGGGGCAUCUGUGUACUUUGGACACAUUCUUGUUUGACCUUGUUUUUCACAGUCAUGUUUAUUUUCAUUGAAUGUUUUGCAUCGCUUAUUUGUUUGAAUAUUCCCGUUUGUGUUCAGUGUACAAUACUAUGAAUUACAAAAGGGAAAGACAUAUCUCAAUGUCAAGAGUUUAUUUUACCUUCUAGUUAAAAUGUAGCUAUCUUUGCUGUGACACCCAGAAACGGUGGUGUGAUCAAAGAAAACAUGUUCUGUGUUUCAAUCAGAUUGACUAAUAGUUUGUUAAUGUUAUAUACAUUGUAUAUGUUACAGGAGAAUAAUUUGGUGCCAUAUUUUUCUAUGUUAUUAUAUGUAUGUUGUAUUUGAUUAAUUUGGUGCCAUAUUGAAUGAUAUUUUUAAUGAUGGACUUGAAAAGAAGUUUCCAGUGAAUUGCUAUCAAAUGUUUGUACUGUAAAAGCAGAAAUUUUUUGUUGGUGAUUUAAAUAAUUAAUUUCGUUUAUUUUGUCCAUGAAAUUAAAACCUCAACCAAAAUUUAACUGUUGAUUUACCAAAUCUGAAUUCAAAAUAUUUACAUUAUUUAAUUUGAUAAUCAGACAAAAUCAUAUUGACAUCAUUUAUACAAUGAAAAGAAUAGCUUAAUUGAUUAGACAGCAAUAUUAAAACGUUUUCUUUCAUUCAGAUGAUUAGCCCAAUCUUUUGUGUGUACAGUAAUAAAUAAUGAUCAAGAUCUGUCAAUAAAUGUUUUUUAACAGUCUAAUAAUACAUUUAUUGCACAAUCAUUGUCCUUGGAUAAAAAAUCAAAGGUGUGUAAAAGCCAGCCAACAUGUGCAGGUCACAACACUUUUGAAAAAGUGCACACUGUUACUUUUAAAUGCUUUAUUGAUUUUUUAUUUGAAAAAAUCAGAUUAGUUUUAUGGAGUUUAAAUGUCAGUUUAAAAGGGACAUUUACACCAUUCUUUUUCAAUUUAAAAACAACAAAAAACUAAUCCCUACGAACUGUUACAAAACAACAAAAUUAUAACCCUACAAAAAUUUAUGUUUAAACAGUUUAGUGCCAUCCUUAUUUCAAAAUAAUACAUUGUCUUUCUAAUUCAGUAAAGUAUAAUUUUAUGGACAAGGACAUUUUUAUAGAUCUUCAAAUUACUGCACAUUUACCAACCUCCAAAGUCUAAUAUUUGAAGAGCCUGUACAGCUACUCAACAUCUGUAUGCAGUAUAUAUCUAAGAAGAUUAAGGGGAGAUCAUUCAAAUCUUGAAAUAGACAGUGGCGGAUCCAGAUUUUUCAUAAAGGGGGG